GUUGACGGAUGUCUCACUUCCUAAAUCAUGUCUGGGUGAGACGCUUGCCAGACGACCUAUAAAUAACAAAGGAUGCACAGGUAUAUUCUUUGCAGAAGUGUUUUUACCUUCAUCAAAAAACACUAAGGGAUUUUUGUGAGAAAACUAGAUUCUGUUUUUAUGCCCUUAUUGAGGCUUUGCACACAGCUUUGAUACACAAACUGCCCUUGCCCCUUUUUAUUUCAUGUUUUCAUUUAUCUUUGUGAAGCUUUCCUCCUUUCCCAAUUUUUAUCUGUGUGAUUGUCCCACUGUGUUAUGCAGUGAAUUUAUUUAAAAAUAACACAGGUCUGAGAUGAUAAAACAAGCAGUAGUUGUGUCACGUGUCAUAUUUGAUUGACAUGCUUUAUAAAUGCCUGUUGCUUGGUCUCCUCUCCUUGACUGCGGUCAAAUUCAGGGUCACAGGAACCUGGAGCCUAACUCCAGCAGUCAUAGGGCAAGAGGCAGGGUCCACCCAGAUUGCUAGACUUUUGCAGGGCUAACACACAAAGACUGGAUAUAUACUCACAUUCACACCUAAGAUCAGUUAACCUGAAAUAUGUGCUUUUUUUGGUAGAUAACCGCAGUCACCACUCCACUUCACAUGAGGACAGCACUAACCACCACACUAUUGUGCCACCCUCUGUGGUGGGGCUCGGAGCUCCACUCAGUGUAAAUGGUCUUCUUACUCUGUUUUAGGCAGGUCAUGUAAAAGAGAACAACUGCUAAUAAUAAUAAUGACUGUUUUGGUAUGGCCGGAAUGAAUAAACAUGAAAUAUUUGUCGCAUUGAGGUCCAUUGCUCAUAUGUGCUCCUUCACCUGGACCUGCUAUAACUCCUCUAUAAAUAAAUGAUCCUAAAGGGUGCACUGUAGCAGUGAACAUAAAUAACACAAACUGCAUGAAUUUACUUGUAUCAUUUUGUUAUGGGUCAUAAUCUCCGUUCAUUUAUUCAUUAAGAUUUUUAAUAUAUGGAUUCUUCCUGCGACAACAUGAUGAGAAGCAACUCUCACAUCUGCAUUCACCUGUGGGUUUAACAUAACUUGAAGCGAUUGAAAACGCAGUGUUAAUCACGCUGUCUGGUGGCAUGUUGCUGUGAUUAUGGGACGUGAUCGGGUUAUCUCAUUUCCUAAAACAACAACAACAAAAAACGAUCGUCCAGUGCAUCCGAUGUCAAAGAAGAUAAUAAAGGAAGCAUUGAAGCGCCUUUCCUUAACAUUUAGAGAAUUCCACCAGCUGACACACAGAUACUUCCGGUUCACGUCUCCCAUUUUUAGAAAGCAUCUAAAGCACAUUUGACUAUUGGCUGAUGUGUCUCUUCCUCGGUUCCUCCGCUUGCAUCUCCCGGUGGGCGGGACUAACACCGGAGGAAAGGAAUCGAGGGUGCACUCUGAAUGAGGAAGGGGCAGGGGGGCGAGCAGGGAAAAAUGUGGGAGGAAAAACUAAAUCCAGGGACCUGAGUCAGCAGCUGCAGCGGUGCCAGUCUGCCGAUCCCCACAACUUCCGCUCAUCCGUUUCAUCUUCACACACAUUCAUAGUUAACAAUGGAGCUGAAUUGAUUUACAGUGAAGAGCGUCUUUGUUAGAGGACGAAUACAAGCAGAACAGAGGAGGAAAGAGGACCGAGCGGACCAUCCGGAGACUCUGAGCUGCUGUUUUCCUUGAGGCCUCAUGUCCGUCCGCAUUUCAGCCAUGAGCGUCCUUCCUCCUGUUCGACGGGACCGAGUCAUCGCUCAGCUCCCUCAGUGUUUCCGAAAAGAGGCAGCCAUCCACACUAAAAAUGAUUUCAACAAUAAAGUAAAGACUGCGUGUCAGGAGCAGCGGACCGGCACUGUGGGCAGAUUUAAAAUAUCCAAGGUCAUCGUGGUGGGGGAUCUGGCUGUGGGGAAAACCUGCUUGAUUAAUAGGUUUUGCAAGGAUACCUUUGACAAGAACUACAAAGCAACAAUCGGUGUUGACUUUGAGAUGGAGCGCUUCGAGGUGCUGGGUGUUCCUUUUAGCCUGCAGCUGUGGGACACCGCAGGCCAAGAGAGGUUCAAGUGCAUUGCUUCUACAUACUACAGAGGAGCCCAGGUUGUUAUAAUCGUGUUUGAUGUAAAUGAUAUUGCCUCUCUGGACCAUGCAAGGCAGUGGCUCGAAGACGCUUUGAAAGAGAACGACCCCACCGCUGUUCAGCUGUUCCUCGUGGGCACCAAGAAGGACCUCAGCUCACCUGCUCAGUAUUCCCAGAUUGAACAAGAUGCCCUCAAACUAGCAAACGAGAUCCAAGCUGAGUAUUGGGCGGUUUCAUCGCUGACAGGGGAAAACGUGAGAGAGUUUUUCUUUCGGGUUGCAUCAUUAGCGUUUGAGACCAACGUUCUUGCUGAGCUGGAGAAAAGCGGAUCAAGGCAAAUCGGAGAUGUUGUCAGGAUUAACAGCAAUUCUAACAAUCUGUACGCUGCAUCGAAGAAGAAACAGUCCAACUGCUGUCAGUAAGGAUGGAAGCAGGAGGUUAAAAUCGAUGGUACGGACUGAAAGCGAGGAGUUUUCUGAGUGGAAAAUGACCACGGCUGCCGUCCAGCUCAGCGGGAAGGAUUUCUGUGGUCAGGGAGGGAUUCAGAUGUUUCCCUUCCUGACAUGUUUUAAUUUCAGUUUUUCCUGGCCUAGAAAGCUUUUUCCUCCACGGGAUGUGUGUGCAGAUUCUUGUGGAGUGACACAGGAAUUACACACAAAAUGUUCCCGUCCUGCCAGAAAAUGCCAGAGUCUCGUUUCACUUAGGGCUUCAAUUCAAUCUUAAAUCUUGUUGCUGCUGUAGUUUAUUUUAACAGUCAUAUUCUGCUCGUGUUGAAUUUGUUUUUUUGGCUCUUUUUUUUUUUUUCAUUGCAUUUAAGUGACCAGUUAUAUUUGUUAGAGGCUAAAAAGAAAAUUUGUUCUUGUUUUUAUAUCUUGUUCAUCAUCUUCUCCGUUUAUCCAUCGCACGCUGAGGUCCCAGACCAAAGACUGGGAGCCAUAUUUGUAAUGAAGAUACUUGAAAGGUAUAUUUUUUCUGUUUACAAUCAGAUUUAUCACAGACUUUUAUGGUCAGUAUCAAAACUAAUGUGGUUUUCAUAUUUUUCAUUUUCCCAUGGUGAGCUUUACAUGUUGUUAGGACAUUAAACAAUAGAAUAGAAAUUGUUUCGGUUAUUUAAAAUAGAAUAAAUCAAAAAAAAAAGCCAGCUAUUCUAUGAGUUCACUGUAUUUCUUAAAAAAUAUAUCUAUACAUGUAUUAUAAAAUUUCUGUGCUUUGCCUUCUUUGCUGAACCUUUAAGGAAUCACAUUAACUUGUUCAGUUGUUGAAGCUUUUGAAGGAGUCGAGGUAUUUUCCAUCAAUUUGGCUCUGCAGCUCUUCGGGUAUGCAGUGAGAGAAUUUGUAGUUUUCCUUAAUCCACCUUCCUCCUUCGGUGUUCUCGAUGGCCACAGCUGCGACGCCUGCAGAGUGAGAUGUUUACAAUCAAGUGUUGGGAGUCAUUCGGUUAUUAUAUAAUACAUUACUUUGCAAAAGUCUUGAACAACCCCUUGCUUCUUUAUGUUUUGCUUCCAAGCGCACCGACCUCUGUUUUUAAACCAGUCAGUAGUUCUCCAGGCUUUUCUGGAAAUCUUUCAAAGUUUUUCUUUGGCUGCUUUUCUUUUGCACCAACACGGUGAUUGCCAAAGAGCUAUUUGCUGAAAAGUUAGCAUAUCUUGGACAAGUGUGUCUUUGACCAAACUGGAAAAGUAAGGCACAAAAGAAAAAGUGGUUGAUUUAAAAACGUUUUAAAGUAGAUAAGCAGUAUCUGAAAGUGUCCUCAAGUCCUAUGUCCUUAAGAAACAGACAAAUCCAACAAAGAUCUGAUGCAGGACUUGAGAUGCAUCUGGCCCUUCAGAUACAUCUCCUGUUUACUGAAGCCUCAUCAGAAAUGGUCUCAGUGGAAGAAACUAUUCUUGAGGAUGGGAAAUUGAGUGAAAAGGCUGAAGAAUGCCAAAUUAUACAAGGAUUGGACUGAAUAUCAGUGGCUAAUGCCCUGUGGAAGAUGGAUCUGGCUUCAUUUUUCUUCUUUUUUUUUGUUGACAAAACAGCGCAGUAAAAGCAUACCUAGUUAGAAAAACACAGUUAUGGUCGAUUAUUUCCAUAAUGUGGGGUCGUAUUGACAGAGAACAGAGCAAAAUGCAGCCAACAUCCACAGAAGAACUUAAAUGUUCAUCAAAAACCCUAGAAAACUAUUCCUGAAGACUACUUUAAGGAUUUAGAAGAAACUCAGUUUUUGCCUUAUAUCCUUGAUUUCCACAUUCCAAUGAAUUUUUGCAUCUUUUUUUACAUUUUCCUAACAAAAUAUAAAGAAGGGUAAUUCAAGACUUUUGCACAGCACUGUAACUGUUAACUUAUUGACUGACAAACCUACAACUGUGGCUCCCAGUUUCUCUACCAGCUGAAUGGCAGCCUUCAUUGUGCCUCCAGUCUCUAUCCACUGGUCCACUAACAACACCCUCGAACCUGCGGUGGGGACACACAUGUCGACUGUUAAUGUCUCCUUCAGUCUUUCUUCUUUAACUCUUUUUGUUUACAAGGACAAGUAUUAAAAGAAAAUGGUACAUCUUGUGUUUUUGAAAGAAACAAAAACAAAUGCUGACAAUAAACAGUUAUAUUUUAAUGCA